UCGUCUCUCUCGAUUUCCGUUUAAUUCUUAGCAGACCGACCCCGCCGAGGUCGCCGGAACCAUAACCGAACCAUCCCACCAGCUCACCAUGGUCGACGUCGACCGGAGGAUGGCGGGACUCACCCACGCCCACGCCGCCGGCCUCCGCCGCCUCUUCACCCGUGCCGCCCCUGCCCCCUCUUCCGCCUCCGCCUCCCGCAGCGGCCUCCUCUCGUUCUCCCCGCUUGCCGAGGCCGUCAUCUCCCAGCUUAAGUCCUCCGCCGUCCCCGUCAACCCUGGCCUCUCCGACGCCGACUUCACCCGCCUCGAGGCCGAGUUCAGCUUCGCCUUCCCCCCCGACCUCCGCGCCGUCCUCGCCCUCGGCCUCCCCACCGCCCCCGGUUUCCCCGACUGGCGCUCCCUUCCCCGUCUCCGCGCCUCUCUCGACCUCCCUAUCGCCGCUGUCUCCCUCCAGAUCGCCCGCACCACUCUCUGGCUCCGCUCCUGGGGCCCCCGCCCCGCCGACCCCGACCGCGCCCUCCGCUUCGCCCGCGCCGCCCUCCGCCGUGCCCCCCUCCUCCUCCCCCUCUUCGGUUGCUUCUACAUCCCCUGCCGCCCCUGCCUAGCCGGCAGCCCCGUCUUCCUCGUCGACGAGACCCGCCUCCUGUGCUGCGGCUUCGACCUUUCCGACUUCUUCCGCCGCGAGUUCUUCCUCGUCGACGAGACCCGCCUCCUCUGCUGCGGCUUCGACCUCUCCUUCCACUCCCCGUCCCCCUCCCUUCUCCGCCAGCCAUCAAACUCCGACAACCUCGUCAUCCCCUCCGUCGCCGGAAAGACCCCGCGCUGGAUAGAGUUCUGGAGCGAUGCCGCCGCCUCAGACCGCCGCCGCCGCAACUCCUCCUCCUCCACCACCUCAACCUCCUCCUACGAGUCUGCAUUUUCCUCCCCCUGGUCGCCCCCACCGCCCGAUCCGGAGCAGUUCGUCGAGAUCCGGCCGCCGCCGCGGCUGCCGGACUGGGUUGAGACCUACCUGGACCGGAUCGGCUCGAUCCUGAGAGAGGGCGGCUGGGGAGAAUCGGACGUCCGCGAGAUGGUUCACGUGUCUGCCGCCUCCGGCUUCUUCGAUGACGACGGCGAGGCCGUGGCGGUCGACACCCACGCGGUGCUCGACGCGCUACUCCUCAAGGCGGACCGCUGCUCCGACUCUCUCCGCCGUGCCGGCUGGAGCUCCGACGACGUCUCCGAAACUCUCAGCCUCGAUUUCCGCCGGCAUAGAGCGCCUCAGCGGCCGCCGGUGAAGUUACCGCCGGAGAUUGCUCUCAAGAUCGUGAAGCUCGCCGAGGCCAUCGCGCGAUUCUGACCGUCCGCUUCCGGAUUCAAAACGGAAUCUUCCGCCUUCGAAACCCAUUUGCAACGCCUGAAAAGAGCGUAGAAAAAAGACAAUAAGUGUACGUGUAGUAGUAUAUUUUUUUACGUAUAAGAGGAGAUUAUGAAAAGGAUAAUAAUAAUUUAAUAAAUAUAAAAUAGGCAAUUAACGGAAAGGGGUUGGUGUGCACUGGAUUUGUUUGUUUUGGGGGCGUAAUGCGAGAUGGGAUCGGUGGUUGCGUCUCUCUGUCUCCAAUUUUUGGGUUUUAAAUUGCUGGGUUGCUCUCCUGGCUCUGCGAUCACACGCGCGCUCUCGCCUAAUUUCGAAAAAGAGGCGUCCUGUGGCUCUCCACUUUUCUGUGAAAGCGUGAAAGCCCCUGCUGUUAUUUUCCUUUCUUUUCUUGCUUUGCUUAAGAGACACGCAGGUUGUUGUUUUGACGAUUGUUUAUUGGAAAA